UGAAAAGGCUGUAAACAAAAUAUAACGGUUUUUCCAAGUUCCAAAACUCUCUCCUGCUCAAUCUGAGUCUUCUCCAGAGUCUGAGAAGAUGGGGGAUCAUGGUGCACACAUCGAUCGAAUCAGUGACUUACCAAGGAAUUUAAUUGAUGUCAUUCUACAACACUUGCCAAUCGAAGAUCUAGUUAAGACAACUAUACUGUCAAGGAAAUGGAGGUAUAUGUGGACUUCUGUCCCACAACUUAAGUUCAAUAGUAAUUUUUUUAGCAAGUGUGAGGAUCUUGGAUGCCUUGAAACUUAUGUUACUGUUACGAAGCUGCUUCUUCUCUAUGAUGGCCCCAUGCAUAAGUUUAUUCUUGAAAUCCCUUCAAACUUCCCAAUCCAAAGGAAACUAUUCAAUGAGUGGAUUCUGUUUUUGUCAAGGAAAGGUGUUAAACAUCUUGAACUUGUAAACCUUGCAAAUUUACGAAGAGUUCCCUGUCAAAUGCCAUCUCAUAUCUUCUCUUGUCAGGAAUUGACUUACCUUAAACUUCAUAAUUUUGAACUGUCAACUAGUCUUGAUUUUGGUGGCUUUAGAAAUCUGGUGGAGCUUCGGUUAUAUGUAAUUGUGUUUGAGUCGGAUGCACUUGAGAGUCUUAUGUCUGGUUGUCCCUUACUUGAGAAGCUCAUCAUUUUUCACUGUUCUGGUUUCCAACAUGUAAAUGUCCAUGCCCCUACUCUCAAAGUCUUUCACGUAUAUGAUUCUGAGGUUAUCAAGUCGAUUAGUUUGAAGCAUAAACAUAAUCUGAUUGAGCUCAUACUCUCGGCUAAUACACUUGUGAAUAACGUUGAGGGUGGCUGGGUAUGUGAUUUGCUGAAAGGUUUGCUGAAAAUUGAGAGGCUCUGUCUGGGAAGAGGUUAUUUCAAGAUAUUUUCUGCUAUCAAUCCACCAGUGCUGCUUCGGUCAUUCAACACUUUAAAAUAUCUUGAACUGGGAGAUGUGAAUUUCGAUAAAGUAGAAGAGCGUCUAUUUGUUAUUUCUUUACUUCAAAGUUCUCCUAACUUGGAGGAACUUGUUAUAGAGAGUAAAAGAGAUGCUGUGGAGCCACAAGUGAUUUCGAAGGAAUUUGAAUCCAUUGACUGUUGUUUUAGUCGGCUUCAAAUUGUGAAACUUGAAGUUGAAACUGAAUACAAGCAUGCCCUUAAUUUGAUUCGGUUAGUGCUUGCAAAGGCCUCAUCAUUGAAGGUUCUUAGUUUCAAGGUUGGCUUUGGUUUAAGUCGAUCAGAGGCUCCUAUAUUGUUAGGUAUUUCACGUGAUUUGUUGCGGAUGAAACGAGCAUCUACGGCAGUGGAAGUUAUAUUUUUUUAUGAAGGUCUUGUUGAGUAGUGUGUUGUAUUUGCUUCUGGACUUCAGUGUGCUCAACUCUUUUGGUUAUUAAAGUCCUAGAUAUAAACGGGAUUUUACUCAUUUGGUUCAUAAUUUAGUGUCACUCAAACCUUUUCAUCUUCAAAUCCUAACGAUUAAUGCUACGAUAACGAGGAUCAAGAUCAUCUUGAAGGGUCAGAAUGCUUUUUCAUCGA